AUGGAGCAAAUUAGACUCCUGGACAAAACUCCGUUGUCCUUCGCCUACGAUCUGCUGCUUGCUAAGACGGACCAGGAAAUUGUGACAAAUUUCUCAUGGGCCAUGGCAGGCGGGAUUUUAUUCACCAUUGUGUGGAACUUGGUGGGAACAGUGGCGUAUGGAAAGGCCACAGUUUCGACCAGUGGUAACGAGGGAUCGAAAGGGUUAUCACCAUCCAGGAAAUUUUGGGAGUAUCCGAUCAGUUCGAGGUUCACUUGGAGGUUUGGCUUCCUUCCAACCGUAAUCGUGCCCUGGGUGGUAAUUUUCUUCACCCCGACGCCAUAUCUGUUCAACCUUACAAAUCUUGCUGGACUGGCGAUCUACUAUAUUCAUUAUUUUAAUCGCUCGGUGAUCUACCCCUCCAAAAUAUCUGACCAUGCGACUCCCUCCCCGCUCUGGUUCUUCGUCAGUAUGCUGACCAUCACCACGGUACACACCUUUGCCCAGACCCAUCAUCUCGCCAACGUUCACAAGCCUCUUGACGUAUCCUUCCUCACUUUUGUGGCAAUUGGCAUGAGCAUCCUGGGAGCCUGGGUGAACAACCGGCAUGACUGGAUUCUGACGCAACUUCGUGCCCGAGGAAAAGGUUACCAAAUUCCGCAGGGGUCCCUCUUUGAAUACGUUUCAUGCCCGAAUUACUUUGGGGAGUGUUUGGAGUGGUGGGGUUUCGCAUUGGUGACGGGCGGGGGAGGUCCUCAGGUAAUGUUUGCAAUCUUCUCCACCGUGUUCCUCGUUUUCCGAGCAAGAUUUGCGCACAAGUGGUAUCAUGCCAAGUUUGGGACCAAGUACCCCCGUGAGAGGAAAGCUAUCAUUCCCUUCGUGUAUUAA